CGCAGGUGGGAGGAGUGAGUGGACGAGGCUCACAUGGCGAAAAAGCCUUGGGACACACUUAACUGGCCCUGGCACACCCGCGACCCAGAUGGAAGAGGAUCCAGAUGCAGAGCGAGAGAGAGACACGUCUUGCACAGGAGGAGGCUAAAGAGGAACUCCUUUCUGGACGACUUUUAUGGAUGCAAAAAAUCUCGCAAAAAUAGUACAUUUGUUUUCAGCUUGUCAUCUCUAUGCUACAUAAAUUCUUGAGUUCGUAUGUAUGUAUGUCACUUCUACUGGAAGAAAUUUGCAUAUGCGUGCAAAAUAUUGAUGAUCAGGACGGACUUGCGAUUGUCUUGUUUAAUUCUCCACAUAGAAAAAGCAGUUUGUUGGUUUUUUGGGUGGAGGGACCGACUACGUAAAACUCUUCGUUGGUGGGAUAUGCAGAUAAGCGAAGCCAUCUCUCUGUCCGAGGGAACAGUGACCAACAAGCUCCCAAACAAUCAAGAGCUCACCUCCUCCAGAAACUUGCCAAAUUUUGCACAUUUCCACCCAGUUCACAUCGAGAAAGAGAGGGCAGAACGACGCAAAGUAAAGAAAGCUGGAUGUCGGUUUAAAAUCGUGGAUCCGCCAGAAACGAAGGAUUCGACGAGGGAAAAAUUUUUUGCUUCCGAACCGACUGCAUCACACGCCCAAACUUGAAGAAGAGGUCGUUGUGACAGGGUUCGAGUAUUGUUAGCGGGGUAAUUUCCGAGCAGAACCAGUGGACGGGAUGGAGGUCAGCGAUGCACACCAGAAAUUACCCAGAAGACAGCAAGCGACCGUCCCCACCACGGAGAAAGUGGAAAGUUCUCAAGAGAAAGGACAACUUCCUCCACGCUCCGUCCAACCACGACAACCACCACGUGCCCUGGCCCCCAACUUCCAACAGUUUAUCAAAUCCCAAGAAAAUCUUCCCAUGCAAAAUAUGCUUUCGCCCCUUCACCAACGCCACCAGUGCUGCCCGCCACGCCCACACCCACCUCAACCCCCACGAGCUGGAGAAAACUUCAAUGUUCCAUGCAAAGUACCCCCACUGCGAAAAAAUGUUCUUCAUUCCGCGCGACUUUACCAAUCACCUCUUCGUCCACCUGAGUCCCGAGGAGCGCGCGGAGGCGCGGCAGGGCUGGCGACAAGUCUGCUACUUUUGCAGCAAUCCAUUCCAAAAGGUGUCUCAUCUCAGUCGUCAUCUUGUGACCCACACGACGGAAAAGUUGGGAGGGAGGUGUCACAUUUGUCGAAAAACGUUCACCACCAAUGAUUCCCUGGCCCUUCAUCGGUUCGCCGCCCAUCUCUCCGAAGAAGAGAAGGUCGCCCUCGUGAAGCAGGGUUCGGGUCGGAUGUGCCUCUUCUGUCAGAAGAUACUCCCCGACAACCGGGCUUAUCGUUCUCACCUGGCCUCCCACACGAAGGAGAAGCCCUUUCGCUGCGACCAGUGUGAGAAGCAGUUCAGUGCGAAAAGUAACUUAAAUCUGCACAAGCGCAUUCACACUUCGAACCCAAAAUGGUACAAAUGCGACGAAUGUGGUCAAGCCUUCAGUCAUAAACAUCACCUGACCAGACACCAGAAGACGGUGCACCGGAAGUUGAAGGACAUCGCGUGCCUCCAGUGCCCCAAGAUGUUUGGCACGAAGAGUGACAUGGUGACACAUGUGAACAAUAUUCAUCUCAAGAGAAGGCACCCCUGCCCCCAGUGCGGUCACACAUUCUCGCAGAAAUCCGGUCUAAGGAGACAUUUGAAGAAGAUUCAUCCCCAAGAUUAAAGUACUUCUAAUCCAAAACAACCAAGCAAAAUCAAUAAUAACUUUUAUACUUUGCAUUGUUAUUAAUACUUUCUUAAUUUCACUGUUUAUGACGAGUUCAUUAUUUUCGUACGACUGAUAAAAAUAGCAUAAUCGAAUUUUUUAUUUGUAAUAAUGACCCCAUUUUUGACCACAACGAUUUUUAUGUAGUAAAGUAUUUCUAUUUUUUAUAAAA